AUGAUACCAAAAUCUUCCAAUUUCGGCGCGAAAGAUUAUCGUUUCUUCAAUAAGAUCGCCAUUUUACCUUCUCCAGAUGAAAUCCACACGCAAGCCAAAGCCCAACAUCUCGCAGGAGUCCUUCCACCCCUAAUGUGUGACCACCGCCUGUGUUAUUCUAAGGACUCUGGACUGUUUGUUAAAAGGGGAACGGAUAUGAGAAUCUCCCAGGGCCAGUGCCUCCAUGGUAUUGGUCAACUCCUUAAAGAUGAAUUCCACGUUCCGGAAGGAUGCGGGUGGCGCCAGGAUAGCAAAAUAAUGCUUAUUUUAACGGAGUACUUGCAGGUGCCAACUCUGGAGCAGCUGUGGGAUAUGCUGGAAACCGAGGACCGUGUUUCGGUCUCUUAUGAGCUUUGGACAAUCUGCAACAACCUUUGCCAACUUGAAUAG